AUGACGGCGGUGAGCGACGAAGCGAACGAUCGCGUCGCGUGGGCGAACGCGAUGCGGCUGUGCGUCACGCGACGGGACGCGCUGAACGACGAUGGAUCGAUAGACCAACAAUUUUUUAAACCGAAGCGCGUGGUGUUCGAGACGCGCGCGAAGAAGUGGGGGGACGAGGAGCGCGCGAAACUGUACGAGGGGAUCGAGACGUACGGGAUACAGGAGUGGGGGACGAUCAGGGAGAAUUUGCUGCCGGAUUGGGACACGCUGAACCUGAGGGUGAAGGCGGCGCGGUUGAUGGGGACGCAGUCGCUGUCGAGGUAUCCGAAAGGGUGGAAAGGGACGAAGGCCGAGGUCGAGGCGGAGUACGCGAAGCAUAAGAAGAUCGGUGAGGCGACGGGGUGCUGGAAGAACGGGCAGUUGGUGGAGGACGAUAACGGCACGGCGGCCAAGUACAUGGCGGAGCACGGUUUGUUGUAA